GCAAAUUAGUAGGGGAGUAAAAUGGUAAUAUGUGACAAGUAUUACCCCUAUAGUUCUAUGGAAUAGUCCACCCCCUCUCUUUGGGAGGUCUAUCACCAUAUGGAAUAAAUCAGUCUGAGUUUGAUUUUGGCGGGAAGAAGACCUCUGGUGUGUAUUGCUGGGGGAGACUGCUACAGUAUUCUGUGGAGGAGUAACCAGUAAUUUCCAGACCCACACAGGCCAGCACUUUGGUACUAUGCUCUAAAGCAAAGGAUGCCCCAAAAUAUAUCAGUGGAAUCAUGAGUCAAAAUCAACCUGGCUGGGUUAGUAAAGCUAGAGACCAAAGACUACAGUGCAGGAGAACAGAUUGCAGUUGCAGACAAGACAGACUGAUCAAGCUGUCCCAACUGGAAAGCAUCCCUGUCUUCGUGGAUGCCCCAAUAGGUACUUUCAUCGUUCGAAUGGACACCGCAACUGCAACCCUCCAGGACAUACGACAGGCAGCUACAAAGCGAGGCAAGAACAUCACUAACUGUUUGUUUACAACACCAGAUGGGGAGGUCAUCAGGAGGAGCAUGGAAUAUCUCUUACAAUAUGAGGAGAUCUUGCAUGCUUCAGGCUUAUGCUUUCUGAGGAUGGAAUGGGCACACCCCAAGGACACCCCCACCCUAUCCAGCACCACCAGUGAAUCUCCCCCACCUAUAGCCAGUAUCCCUAGUGAUUCUCCCCUGGCCAUGGAUACAACUUCUUGUGAAUCCUUCCUACCUAGUACCCCUGUUCAAUCUCAGUAUUUUAAUCCCAAACACCCCAAUGUGCAUCACUUAGAGGCUAAAUCCCAGCGAGUCCCACCCAUGGCCAACAACUGCAGUGAAUCUCCCCCGCCCAGUAUGGUCGGUAAACCCCCAUUGCCAAGCAGCAGUGAUCCACCCCCAGAGUUAUACCCUAUAUUCACCAAGAAAAGGAAGUGGACAUGUACUUCUUCAAUGCCAAAAUUCCAUGUAUACAGCCAGGAUGACAUUGCAAACUCCACCACAGACAAGGAAAAACAGUACAAACAGCUGUGGAACAGCAUUGGGGAGGAGGAGGCAGUGCAGAGCAUGACCAAGGUGCAAAUGCAGGAGGAGGUCAACGAACGCUGGCGAACAAUCAAGGCCCAAGCUGCCGACCCUACCCCUACCCCUACCACCAUGACCAGUACCACUGUUGUAACCCAUACCACAAGUACCCCCACCAGUACCACUACUGUUACUGUGACCACUACUGUCACAACUGUCACUACCACCCCACUGUUAGACCAGCUGCCUGGCCUCAGGGCUCAGCUGGACCCUGACAAGGAACAUCUAGUAGAGAACAACUUGCAGCGGUAUUUCGAUAACCCUGAGGAACUAGACAAGGUUGUAGAGGUGAUCAGGAGGAGACACGUGAAGAAAGGAGUGAGUGCAGGCUUCGUCAAACAUCACAUAUUGAAGCUUACUGUUAGCUAGUUUUUGUAUGAUGCCAAAGGAAUAGGUGAUAACAUUCUAUCAUAACAGUGUGUGUGUGUGUGUAGCUUAUACUAUACCUAUUCUAAAAAACUGGUAGGUAAUACCUACAGGCCUUUUACUGGUUUACUGGUUCGGAGCUAAACCUAGUCCAAAUCAGUAAUUGUCUGCAAAAACUUUUGAAUAGGCAAUAUUCAAAACAAAGGUCCAUUUCCCUACAAAGGAAUCUAUUUCAUGGAGUAUUGACUCCUAUUGGCAUAUUAGUAAUCCUAUCUUCAUGUAAACAAUACUACUGCCUCUGUUUAUUUUGACCAAGUUUGACUGUAGAAACUGUCAACUCUCCUCAACUUUGCACUUGUUAUUUUCUUGGGCCGAAAAGCCUCAAAACACAUGAACGCUUGGUGGUAUAAUUAGUUCAUUUUCAAAUUGUUCCAAAAUCUGGUCCACUGGGUUUUAAAGUCCCUUUUUUCUGGACCAGUCAAACAAACAAAAAACAAUUUUGUACUGGUACCCACCAGUCCAACCAUGCCAGGCAGUGCAUUUUACUGGGGAACGGUACAGGGGAAAAAUGAAUAUUUGUAAUGUUUUGUCUGUUUUGGUGUUUAUGUUAUAAAAUUUGAGGUGGUGGCUCCCCAUGGUGUAAUAUGUACUAGUAUCUUAGUUGUUAUUGAAGAAAGAAAUUAAACCUUACUAGUUAAAUUUCAGGGUAACUAAUUGAAUUAGAAUAGUCUAUGUUAUACUUCUCUUCAUUAACUACUUCGGUCCUGCAAUGCAUUAGACGUUUACCUUGGGGCAAGGACUUGCAAUAAACUUAUUACUUUUUGUAUUAUUGACAUGACUCAUAUAGCUGUUUUAACGUUAUGUACAGUGGAAAAAUGGCCGGACAGAAAAUGGAAAUAAACAAUGUAUGAU